AUGAUUGCAAUUACCAAUCGUGAUUUUUGCAGUCAUUCUUCAAUCCCUGAAUCGGGAUUGCAAGUCCUGGGGCUUACGAGAAAUCGAGGCGGUCUCUUGGCCUUCGAUGGAAUUGGCGAUGGUGGAAGUCAAAGGGGCAGAGAGUGUGAAGGCUCACCAGCGACGGCAGCAAUAGGGCGACAGGAAGGGAAGAAAGGCUCGCAUCGAAGGUGUGUUGUCCGAUAUUCAGGAUGUUGUGUCCAAUUGCGAUCGUCUCCGGGGUUCGAAGAGGUUGAAGAGACAUAG